AUGAGCGCCAGAACGAGAAGACAAAAAGCCGCCCUGGCUGCUCAAUCAGAGGAUAGCGACGUGACGUCUACCAGCAACGGCACGACGCGGAAGUCUCCCCGAAAAAGUAGUUCUCCUUCUCCUGACGCGGAGGCUAGGGAGAAUGUCUUUCUUUUCAUUCCGAACCUCAUCGGGUAUUCACGAGUUUUCUUGACCAUUGCCUCUCUUUACUACAUGCCCCUUCACCCUCGAACAUGCUCUUUACUAUAUAGCGUAUCAUGCUUGUUGGAUGCCUUGGAUGGAUACGCAGCGCGAUACUACAAUCAGUCCACCACUUUUGGUGCGGUGCUCGACAUGGUGACGGACCGGUGCACAACCGCCUGUCUACUGGUAUUCCUCAGCUCUGCGUGGCCGCGGUGGGCGAUCAUUUUUCAGAGUCUGAUUUCUCUGGACCUCGCCAGCCAUUAUAUGCACAUGUACGCCACGCUUAGCAUGGGAGGAGCUGGCCAGAGCCACAAGAACGUUGAGGCUACCAGAAGCUGGAUUCUGUACCAGUACUACCACAGCAAGACCGUACUUUUCAUAUGCUGUGCGCUCAAUGAACUUUUCUUCAUUGGUCUUUACCUGCUCUCCUUCUCGUCUCCUAUUCUCUCGCCGUCUCUUCUUCAAGCUCAAGACCCCAAUGCGCCUCCGGCUCUCGGUAGCCCCUGGAGCGCCGGAGCUCUGGAGCUUGCCCGGGCAAACAAGAUUGACAGCUUCUGGCCUUGGGUUAUCACCGGAAUCUCCGCCCCAGUUAUGGCUCUGAAGCAAUUUAUCAACGUUGUUCAGCUGGUGAAGGCCAGCAAGUGGCUUGCUGAAGGUGACCUUGCUAGACGCAAGGCGGAACGGGCCGGAAAGACACUGUAG